AUGGCAGGUGACAUAUGCAGAGGAAGUAAGGGAGCACAUAAGGACUCACCGUACCCAGGCAUGUAUAACAUUCGGGACUUUAUCGAGGAAGCUGACUUGAAUCCUGUUUGGAAAACCUACGGAUUCAAAGGCACUGGCCGCGAACGCACGCCUAUGGGUUUGCAAAAAGGAGACAUGCUGCUACCUGGAGCAUACAACCUUACUGACUCCACCCAGGAAGCUCUGAAGCGCCAGGCAUCCUGCUCUUUCAAACGCUGUCCACGGCCUGAUAUUGUCACUCUAGGAAUUAGAGACAAGCAUAUAAAUACUUCACCGUGCGAUUACAAUGUGACAGUGAAGCCAGUGGAGAAGACGCCAUGCACGCAUGCAAUGUUUCGGUCAAGCGUGCAAAGGAUCACCUUUCCACCAAAGGAAGGCCCUGCUCCGGGUGUCUACAAUCUUUCAAGCAAACCUGCAAAUAGUAUAACUUCCUGUUUUAAAUCAAAAGUACCAAGGCUCCACAGUGUGCAAUCAAGAACACCAGGGCCGGGCGCAUACGAACCCCACUGGAGGUUUGGUAACCGACUGAGCACUAAGACGACAUUGGAUCCAUCAUUCAGCCUCCUCUUCCGUGACACUCCCUAG